AUGGCUGCUCAAAUCUCCAAGAAGAGAAAGUUCGUCGCUGACGGUGUUUUCUAUGCUGAAUUAAACGAAUUCUUCACUCGUGAACUUGCCGAAGAUGGCUAUGCUGGUGUUGAAGUUCGUGUUACUCCUGCCCGUACAGAAAUCAUUAUUCGUGCUACUCAUACACAAAAUGUUCUUGGUGAAAAGGGUCGUCGUAUCCGUGAGUUGACCACUCUCGUUCAAAAGCGUUUCAAGUUCCCCGAGGGUGCUGUCGAACUCUAUGCUGAACGUGUCCAAAACCGUGGUCUUUGUGCCAUUGCUCAAUGUGAAUCCGUCAAGUUCAAGCUUCUUAACGGUUUGGCUGUCCGUCGUGCUGCAUAUGGUGUCAUCCGUUUUGUAAUGGAAUCUGGUGCCAAGGGUUGCGAAGUUGUUGUUUCUGGUAAGGUCCGUGCUGCUCGUGCUAAGGCCAUGAAGUUCUCCCAAGGUUUCAUGAUUCACUCCGGUAACCCUGCUCGUGAAUUCAUCACAACUGCCGUCCGCCACGUUGAUUUACGUCAAGGUGUUUUGGGUAUCAAGGUUAAAAUCAUGUUAGACAACGAUCCUACUGGCCGUAACGGUCCCAAGCAAACUUUACCUGAUAUUGUCACCAUUCUCGAACCUAAGGAUGAUACUCCUAUUCUUGAACCCUCUGCUCAAGAUUUCAGACCUGCUCCUGCACCUGUUGCUGCUGAGCAACCUGUCGAAGCUUAG